AUGUUAAACGACGACGGUGUUUUCUUCUUUCCUUCAGCGUCGCUGGCAUACGCUUCCCACGGGUCCUUCUCGGGCUGGUCCGGUACGACUGUUCCAAUCCUUCAGUCCGAGGAUUCGCCGAUUCCAAUCACCGCAGACGAGGGCUCGUGGCUCGCGUCCGUCAACUCGCUGACCAUGCCGGUGUCCAUAUUCGCCACCGGCUACCUCGUAGACGUGCUGGGGCGGAAGAAACUGCUGCUACUCAGCGCUGUUCCGCUCCUCGCCUGGUGGCUGAUAGUCGCUUUCGCAGACUCCUUCGGGAUGCUCCUCGCCGGCAGAAUCGUAGGGAGCCUGGGCGGCGGUAUCGUCCUCACGGUGAUACCGAUGUACCUCGGCGAGAUCGCCGACACUGACAUACGCGGCACGUCGGUAGCAAUCCACUCAGUGCUGCUGCAGGGCGGUAGUCUCUUCAGUUACUGCAUAGGGCCCUACGUGUCUGUUACGACGGCCGCCUUUAUCUGCUGUUCUCUUCCCGUCUUUUUCGUCAUCACCUUCAUCUGGAUGCCAGAAUCUCCGUACUUCUUCCUGAUUCGCAACAGGGAACAAGAAGCAGUCAAGUCACUCACAAGGCUGAAGGGACAAUUAGAUCCACAGGAGCUGGACUCAGAACUGGUGGAAAUGCGCAAGACACUACGUCGCAAGCAAGAAACUAAAGGGAAGCUGAAAGAUGUGUUGGUCGUACCGGUGCAUCGCAGAACUUUAUUGUUAAUGGUAGGAUUCAUUGUCUUGCGCAUGUCCAGUGGAUCGGUGGCGUUUUCGGCCUAUACGACGCAAAUAUUUGAGCGCAGCGGAAGCGGCCUCGACGCAGACAUAUCUUCCAUCGUUCUCGUGUCCGUCCAGUUGCUGGCGAGCCUCGGGGCGUCGCUCAUCAUCGACCGCAUUGGCCGACGGACGCUCUGCAUUGUGUCGUUUGUGCUGUGCGCCGUGUGCCUGGUGGCCGAGGGGACCUACUUCUACCUGGACGAGCUCCAGGGCGACGUGGACGCCGCGCUGGACUGGGUGCCGCUCGCCGCGAUGAUUGGCUACCACUUUUCCUACGAUAUCGGCGCGGGAGCGGUGCUAUAUCCGUUAAUCGGCGAGAUAUACCAUUUGUCCGUCAAAGCAGUAGCCACGUCCAUCAACACCACCAUCGUGUCACUGUACGGCUUCUUCCUGAAGAAGAUGUUCCAGGUGGUGUCGGACAGCGUGGGCGCGUAUUGGUCCUUCUGGGGCUUCGCCGUGCUCAACCUGUGCGCUACAAUGUACACGUAUUUUCUGAUGCCUGAGACCAAGGGCAAAACUUUCGUACAGAUUAAUGAAGAAAUGGACGCUCGUGUCAACAGGCGAACUGCCAAAGUUCCCACUCAUACUGAGAAGUCAGCUCUCGGAUGA